AUGACUAUGAUGUACAUGGAGCACUAUGAGAAAGGGUCAGUUGUUGAGGUGGAUGAACUGGACAAUUACAGCUACCACCCAAGUGUCAUACACAUGAAAGUGUCUCCAGGGAGCAAGAUAAAAAACCUACUGGGCUUUGCAAUGAAAAAGUUUAAGGACCCAGAAGUGAAGCAGAUAACAUGGAAUGGUGCAGGGACUGGUACAACCAAAGUUAUCUCUUGUGCAGAGAUAAUGAAGAGAAAAGUAAAAGGUCUUCAUCAAAUUACAAGGGCCAGGUACAAAAGGAUAGAAGAAUACUGGGAGCCCAAGCUGGAGGGACUGGACAGGUUAAAAGUUAAUAGGAACAUUCCUGCCCUUACCAUCUUGCUGUCCAAGGAUCCCCUGGAUACAGAAGAAAUGGGCUAUCAGGCUCCAGGCUUUGACUGCGCAUUCUGGCACAAUCCAAGACAAGCUAGUAAUACAGCAUCAUCGCCAUCUAGUGGGCAAUCAGGACAGAAACAAGCAAAGAAAAAGACAAGUGCAAAAAAUAAAAAUCAAUCACAUAUAAAAAGGCAGUCAGAAGGUGAUAAGGAGGCGGAUGCCAAGCAACAACAACACAAUAAAGGUCAAAAUCCGAAGCAGACUCAUGAAAAAGGAAGUACUGUACAUCAACAUCAAAAAUUUAAAGAGCAAUCCCAGUUUAGGAAAAGUGAGAAUCAGGGGAAAAAAACAAGUCAGCAGCAGUGCUAUCAGCAGCCUGUACACAAACCAAGCCAACAUCAUCCAAGAAAUCAAAAUGAGCAUCAUGUCACUGUAAAACAAUCCCAAGAUGAAGGAGAAAGUUAAAAGCACCACUAUUAUGUAGUUAUAUAGCAUAAGGAAUAGUCCAGUAAAAUAUCA